AUGGGAGAUUCCGACAGGGACUCGGGUGGAGGGCAAAACGGACAGUCUUCAUCGUUGUCUCCCAGAGAACAAGACAGGUUCUUACCAAUCGCUAACGUGAGCAGGAUCAUGAAGAAGGCUUUACCCGCCAACGCCAAGAUCUCCAAAGACGCUAAAGAGACGAUGCAGGAGUGUGUCUCUGAGUUUAUAAGCUUCGUCACCGGAGAGGCCUCUGAUAAGUGUCAGAAGGAGAAGAGGAAGACGAUCAACGGCGACGAUUUGCUGUGGGCUAUGACCACUCUAGGGUUCGAGGAUUACGUUGAGCCGUUGAAAGUUUACUUGCAGAGGUUUAGGGAGAUUGAAGGGGAGAGGACUGGACUUGGGAGGCCACAGACAGGUGGUGAAGGUGGUGAGCAUCAGCAAGAUGGAGGUGGAUUCUACGGUGGUGGGAUGCAGUAUCAACAGCAUCAUCAGUUUCUUCAACAGCAGAGUCAUAUGUAUGGGUCUACAGGCGGUGGUGGUGGCGGUGACGGUGGAGCUGGUUCUGGUAGGACAAGGACUUGA